AUGGCCUCCGAGGCGGUGAAGGUGGUGGUGCGCUGCCGCCCCAUGAACCAGCGGGAGCGGGAGCUGAAGUGCCAGCCGGUGGUGACGGUGGACUGUGCGCGCGGCCAGUGCUUCAUCCAGAACCCGGGUGCCGCGGACGAGCCCCCCAAGCAGUUCACCUUCGACGGCGCCUACUACACAGACCAUGUCACGGAGCAGAUCUACAACGAGAUCGCCUACCCGCUGGUGGAGGGCGUCACUGAGGGCUACAAUGGCACCAUCUUUGCCUACGGCCAGACGGGCAGCGGAAAGUCCUUCACCAUGCAGGGCCUGCCAGACCCACCUUCCCAGAGAGGCAUCAUCCCCAGGGCCUUCGAGCACAUUUUCGAGAGCGUCCAGUGUGCAGAGAACACCAAGUUCCUGGUCCGGGCCUCCUACCUGGAGAUCUACAAUGAGGACGUCCGGGACCUGCUGGGGGCUGACACCAAGCAGAAGCUGGAGCUGAAGGAGCACCCGGAGAAGGGGGUGUACGUGAAGGGGCUGUCCAUGCACACGGUGCACAGCGUGGCCCAGUGUGAGCGCAUCAUGGAGACGGGCUGGAAGAACCGCGCGGUCGGCUACACCCUGAUGAACAAGGACUCCUCGCGGUCCCACUCCAUCUUCACCAUCAGCAUCGAGAUCUAUGCCGUGGAUGAGCGGGGCAAGGACCACCUCCGUGCGGGCAAGCUGAACCUGGUGGACCUGGCAGGCAGCGAGCGGCAGUCCAAGACAGGUGCCACCGGGGAGCGGCUCAAGGAGGCCACCAAGAUCAACCUGUCGCUGUCAGCGCUGGGCAACGUCAUCUCGGCCCUGGUGGACGGGCGCUGCAAGCACAUCCCCUACCGGGACUCGAAGCUGACGCGGCUGCUGCAGGACUCACUGGGCGGCAACACCAAGACGCUGAUGGUGGCCUGCCUGUCGCCCGCGGACAACAACUACGACGAGACGCUCAGCACGCUGCGCUACGCCAACCGGGCCAAGAACAUCAAGAAUAAGCCACGCAUCAACGAGGACCCCAAGGACGCGCUCCUCCGGGAGUACCAGGAGGAGAUCAAGAGGCUCAGGGCGAUCCUGGCCCAGCAGAUGAGCCCCACCAACCUGUCGGCCCUAUUGGCCAGUCAGGCACCCCUAAACUCUGUCCAGGCUGAGGAGAAGCCAUUGCCUCCAUCUGGGACCCCACAGGACACAGAGGCCGAGAAGCAGCUGAUCCGAGAGGAGUAUGAAGAGCGCCUGGCGCGGCUGAAGGCCGACUAUGAGGCGGAGCAGGAGUCCCGGGCCAGGCUGGAGGAGGACAUCACCGCCAUGCGCAACUCCUACGACGUGAGGCUGUCCACGCUGGAGGAGAACCUGAGGAAGGAGACAGAGGCAGUCCUGAAGGCGGAAGUCCUGUAUAAGGCCGAGGUCUUGUCCCGGGCUGAGUUUGCCAGCAGGUCUGAGUACUCGCCGGCCUUCCAGUAUGAGACGGCGAAGCCCACGAUCUUUUCCAUGCCUGACGCUCUACCCAGUGGCUCUGUCUCCAAGCCUGAGGUUUCGUCCAGGUCUGUGGAUCUGCGCACAGCGGAGCCCUCCAGGUCGGAGAUUUCUCUUGGCUCAGAGGAGUCAUCCACAUUCGAAGAAGCUUCCAUGUCUGAGACCAUCCCCGGGCCUGGGGAGCCAUCCAACGUGGGGUUCCCCACACCCGAGGUGGCAUCUAAGAGCAAAGACUUCUCAGAUGAGUGUCUCAGCCAGGAGGUCGCCAGGCCCUGGCUGCAGGAGGAGGCCUACCCUCAGGAAGAGGAGCUGCAGCUGGCGCCCCUGCAGAUGCUACCAAGCCUGCGAGACCCGUUUGCUGAGGUGGAGGCCAAGCUGGCCAGACUCUCUUCCUCUCUGGCUAAGACAGAUGAACUGCAGGCAGAGGUCCCCAAGGUUCCUGAGCAGCACCCUUCCCCGACAGACUGGCUGGAGCCCACUGAUGCCACAGCUGAAGCCGAGGUGGCCGAUGGCGUCCUCAGGACUGAGGUUGGCCUGGCCUCAGGAGCAGCCGGUGAGCUGGUGUUGAAGGCAGAGCCUGGUGUGUGGCCCGAGGCCGAGGCCGAGGCCGAGGUCCAGACCGCGUUGGCCCAGCCUCAGCCCCUGCUGGUGCCGGCCAGCGUGCGGAGGGAGAGCGGGGGCGUGGAGGUGGUGGUGCUGACCGACGACCUGCCCCUCGUGGACCAGCAGCAGGUGCUCGCCCGUUUGCAGCUGUUGGAGCAGCAGGUGGUGGGAGGGGAGCAGGCCAAGAACAAGGACCUGAAGGAGAAGCACAAGCGGAGGAAGCGGUACGCUGACGAGCGCAGAAAGCAGCUGGUGGCCGCCCUGCAGAACGCCGACGAGGACGGUGGGGACUGGGUGCUGCUCAACGUCUACGACUCCAUCCAGGAGGAAGUGAGGGCCAAGAGCAAGCUGCUGGAGAAGAUGCAGAAGAAGCUGCGGGCAGCAGAGGUGGAGAUCAAAGACCUGCAGUCGGAGUUUGAGCUGGAGAAGAUCGACUACUUGGCCACCAUCCGGCGACAGGAGCGCGACUCUAUGCUCUUCCAGCAGCUCCUAGAGCAGGUGCAGCCUCUGAUCCGCAGGGACUGUAACUACAGCAACCUCGAGAAGAUUAGGCGGGAGUCCUCCUGGGAUGAAGAUAAUGGCUUCUGGAAGAUUCCAGAGCCCAUCAUCAUAAAAACCAGCCUCCCAGUAGUUCCCAUUGGGCCACAGAACAAACCAGCACGCAAAAGUUCAGCGGCAGACAGCGGCGAACCAAACUUGGAAGAAGACCGCUACAAGCUGAUGCUCAGUCGGAGCGACAGUGAAAACGUUGCCAGUAACUACUUCCGGUCCAAGCGGGCCAGCCAGAUCCUCAGCACGGACCCCAUGAAGAGCCUCACGCAUCACAACUCACCACCAGGCCUCAGCUCGCCCCUGAACAACAGCUCCACCCUCUCCCCUCCCCAGGCCCCUGAAAUGCCACAGCCCAGGCCCUUCCGUCUGGAGUCCCUCGAAAUCCCCUUCACUAAGGCCAAGCGUAAGAAAAGCAAAAGCAACUUUGGCAGUGAGCCUCUGUGAACACAGCUGCCGCUUCCGCUGCUACUGCCUUUAGGCUUCUAGAGACUUCCAGGCCCUCCCUGAGCAGCUCCAACCAGGCCUCCACCCACUGGCCCCCCACAGUGACCCAGGCCCAAGAAGCCCAUCAGCCCUGGGAAGACACAUUCCCUUCUCUGCUCCCUAGAGAGCCCACCUCUGCCUGGGGUACACACCCCUUAGAAGCUGGACUGUCCUUCUUGAAAGCGGCCUGGCCCAGCUGUCCACAUCAGUGUUUGUAGCUGCUCAUCUGCUACGGAGCCCAUGGUGUCGGUCUUUGCCUCAGUGGGCUCAGACGCCUCAGAGCUGCCUCAAGGCCUCAGCAACAGCCCUGGCAGGGUGGGCAGCAACUGGUCCAUGGAUGCAGCUCAACAUCUUGGCCACCAAGAACUGUGCCUCAGUCUGAUCGGCCCACCCUGAGGGGAGGCUGCGUUGUUGGGUGGGCACAGGAGAAUCCUGGGUCAGCAGCUCCACACCGCCCACUCCUGGCUGGUCUGCAGCCCAGGGGCCACUUUACCUCAUGCUGCCCAAUAAACUGCCUUUGCCAUGUGCUCUCCUUCCCUGAC